AUGAGGAAGAACGGCGACGGUUCUCCGAAGCAGGCGACUUCAGACGGAGUUGUGUCGCGAUCAGCUCGGAGCUCGUUUCGCGCUUUGUCUAACUGCAUUCGGGUGAUUUCCUCUGGUGCUUCCACCGUUGCUCGCUCCGCCGUAUCCGCCGCUUCUUCCGCCGUUAAUCACGACGCUGAUUCUCUUCACGAUCAGGUACUAUGGGCUGGGUUUGAUAAGCUAGAGAAAGAAGAUGGCGAUACUCGGAGAGUUCUUCUACUAGCAUUUCACUCUGGAUUUCAAAUUUGGGAUGUGGAAGAAACAGAGAACGUCCACGUUAUAGUCUCUGCGCAUGAUGGACAAGCAUCCUUUAUGCAAAUGCUACCGAACCCAUUAUACUCUGAAGUUUCAGGCGACAUGUUCUCUGAGAGCCGUCCGCUUUUGGCUGUGUGUGGUGACAGUUCUUGGGAAGAGAAUUCAAACAGACAGAGCACUUCUGACACCACCGGAAGCGAAACAGCGGUUCCUACAAAUCUGCAUGUCUACUCGGUAAAGUCUCAGUCUUAUGUGCAUACGCUAAGAUUCCGGUCUAUCAUCUACACGGUUAGGUGCAGUUCUCGGAUUGUUGCUGUGCUACAAUCAGCUCAGAUACAUUGCUUUGAUGCUAAAACAUUGGUAAAGGAAUACAUGAUAGUCACUAACCCCAUCGCUUACGGCUCCUUGGGUGUUGGAUAUGGUCCUCUUGCUGUUGGUCCACGGUGGAUUGCUUAUAGCGCAAGUCGUAUCGCUGAGUCAAGCUCCGCACAUUUCACUUCAGAGCUUAUCACAGUGCCAUCAUCACCUAGUGUUGCACAGUUUGCAAGAGAAUCGAGCAGGCAGAUCGCUUCUGGGAUCGUGACUCUUGGAGACAAAGGGUACAAGUCACUCUCUAGGUACUGCUCAGAGGUUCUGCCCAAUCCGUAUAUCCCUGGUUUGAAAGGCAUUGGAGUUGCUAAUGAGAAUGUGCAGGACGCUGAUAGCAUAGGAAUGGUUAUAAUCAAAGAUACCAUAAGCAAGAGCAUCGUAGCGCAGUUUAAGGCACACAAGAGUCCGAUUUCAGCUCUGAGCUUUGAUCCAAGCGGCAUGCUUUUGGUGACUGCUUCAAUUCAGGGACACAAUAUUAACGUCUUUAGAAUAAUGCCUAGAUCCUCUACAAGCAGUGAUGCUGCGACCACACCGUCCUUUGUGCAUCUGUUCAGGCUUCAGCGCGGUUUUACUAAUGCGGUGAUACAAGACAUCAGUUUCAGCAAUGACAGCAAUCUGAUAGUGAUUAGCUCUUCGAGAGGGACAAGUCAUCUGUUUGAGAUUGAUCCCGAGGGACAAGGGAAUGCUCCGGUUCCUCUAUCAGCGAUUAAUAGGAUAAGAAGCGGGAACAGCAGCGGAUGGGUUGGAACCAUGAGCGGUGCUGCGGCUGCAGCAGCUGGUAUGGUUGGAGGCAAUCUUCCGGGCGCAAUCUCAUCGGCUUUCUGUUACUGCGAUGAACAGAGUAACAAGAACCACUAUGGUUCUACUGCUUCUGAUAACAAUAGGCUUAAGAGGAAUCUUCUGGUUUUUGCUCCUUCUGGAUGUAUGACACAGUAUGGAUUAAAGGCAGAUACGGUUGGGGCUGGUCAUGAGACUGCGGUGAUGACAGGGUUUGAUUUUGAGUCGGGUUCAGAGACUGAAGGGAAAGUAGGGGUUGAGCCAAUACGGAGGUGGUCCAUGGUCCAAAACCAAUCUAGAAGAGAGAUGCAAGAUCAGCAGAGUGACAUUUAUGGAGGUGGAACAGCUUCGGAUUCAAAGAGCAAAGUGUUUCCGGAGAUUGUUAGAAAGCAGAGUGCUGAGGAAUCUUGGAAAGUAAGUAAGAAAGGAAAGGGACGUGUGGAGGAUAAGCAUCAGCUGUAUAUUUCUGAAGCAGAGUUGCGAAUGUAUCAGCCGUCUCAGCAGCUACCGUUAUGGGCAAGGAGAAAUUUUAGGUUUCAAGAGCUGGUGUUGGAUCUGAAUGAUGAGAGUAGCCGCGGAGAAGGAGGGGAGAUGGAGAUUGAAGGAUUCCAAACUCGAACAAUUGAAGCGAGAACUAGAGAUUUGGUUCCAGUCUGGGGUUUUCUCCAUUCUCCAAAGACCCAACAAGUGAUGAGAGAAUCACUGCAGAGUCCAAGGAACAUUACACAAGGUGAUCAAGUGGCUCCGCCACAGGGUCAUGGAACAGAGACUGAGAUCGGAGAUGUACAUAGCAAGGAAGAGAGAUUGAGAUCAGAAGAAGAGAGCUCGAGAUCUGAAGAAGAAGAUAGCACGAUAUCAGAAGAAGACACCCGAAGCAACCCUGUAAAUGAUGAAGACGAAGGUAUUGCAGAGGAGAAGAAUGAUAGUGAAGAGGAGUUGGAAUAG